AUGCAGUUCAGAAACCUGCCAGUUUCGUUGCUUUUGGCUUUGCUGGAUUUCGGCACACUCUGCCCUGGCCUACCCCUCAACUCGCAGCCUCAACAACAAGGCCCCGAUCAAGCUUUGGAGCCUAGGGAUCCCAAAGUCACAUACACGGUGGUUCCCAUCGAUGGUUCACUGCCAACUCAAAGCCCCGGAUCUGGCAAUGGGAACUCUCCUAGCCAUCCCGGCUCGGGAGGCGGAAGCCAGGCCCCGCCCGGUGCUACCGUGACGGUUGAAAAGACAAUGCCUCCUACAACCGUGACUAGCAUUAUUCCUGCAAACACCGUAGUGGUCACUCAGACUAUCGUUUCCCUCUCUACCGUCACCGUCACGGAGAGUGUGGUCCAGGCUUCUACCACUGCACAAGUCUCGGCAACCUCAACCGCCGCCAGCUCGUCUCAGACUACAAGUGCAAGCUCAGAGCCCACUUCAACCUCGCCUGACAACAGCAGCAUCACAACCACGGCUACCGCUGAGUCGUCCCCUGCAACAACUGACAGCGUGUCUUCGUCGACAAGGGAGCCCGAUGAUGGUCAGUGGUGGUCGUCAAAGUACCCAAGCUGGAACGCAACCAACACAGCCCGGUAA